GUACUCCAACAUGAAGUUGAGAUAGAAGUCGAAGGUCUGGAUAAAAUGGGCAACUUCAUCGGUUACCUGUUUAUCGUGCCGGAAGGCGGCGGCAAGCCCCAGAAUCUUUCCGAAUUGCUACUGGAACAAGGCUUGGCUACCCUCCAUUUCACCGCUGAAAAGAGUCCCCAUUACCAUCAGCUCGCUGCAGCGGAACAGCGCGCUAAAGCUGCAAACCGAAACAUUUGGCAGAAUUACAAGGAAGAGGAAGUGGUGCCUGAUGAAGUGAUUGCUCAGCAGAACGACGCUUCUGAAAGAAAAGUCAACUAUAAGAAAGUUGCAGUCACGGACAUUACUAAGUACAUGUGUUGCGAAAUGUCAUGUUUGAACGGAACUAAGGGUUCUAUGGCAUCGUAG